UUGACCUACGACCUGGCGCCAAAAUUCGCGCGCCAUUUUCAGCAAGAAAACAAUGCUUUGCCAGGCUGAAGACAACUCCUCUCUCUGUGAAUCCGUUUCCAAGGUCCCUAGAAUCAAGAUGCCUUCCAACAACAUUCUCCUGCGGUUCGCUAAGAUGACUGAGCACGCCUUCGCUCCCACGAGAGGGUCAAAACAGGCGGCCGGCUACGAUUUAUACAGUGCAUACGACUACACCAUCCCAGCACAGGGCAAGGUUCUGGCGAAGACUGACAUCCAAAUCGCUCUGCCUGAAGGCUGCUAUGGCAGAGUCGCCCCUCGAUCAGGACUGGCACACAAAAACUUUAUAGAUGUGGGAGCCGGGGUGAUUGACAGGGAUUACCGUGGCAACGUAGGGGUCAUCAUGUUCAACUUUGGCAAGGAAGAGUUCAAAGUGAACAAGGGAGACCGGAUAGCUCAGCUGAUCUGUGAGCGGAUCUUCAUGCCUGAUCUGCAGGAGGAAGAGACUCUUGACAACACGGAGAGAGGGGAGGGAGGUUUUGGUUCCACCGGCAAGAACUGAGGAGCUGCAACCAAUCCCAACAACUUGCCAUCUUUACUGGACCAGACCAGAUGUUUAAAAUAGUAAAGCACAAACAGUCCUUACAAGAACUUCAGUUUCCAUUUGUACUAGACCAGACUAGAAAUAUACUUGUAGUACAAGUUGCACAUAAAAAGGAUACUUUAACACAACUAGCAGACAUGAUUUAACCGUAACUUUAUGCUUGGUUGACUUUCAACACCACAUUGUUGUCUAUGAUAGCUGUAUAUUAGCAUAUGCUGUAUUUUCUUGAGUACGCACUUCGUAAACUUUUCAAACUGAAAACGUGUUGCAUCACCAAAGUUGGGUUCAUCAUUUAUUCAGGCUUUCCAUUUGCAUUUCAACCUGACGCUUGUCUGUAACUUGUACUGUAUUGAGGGUGCAUACUGGUACUUGAAUUGCAUACUUCAAUCAAGAAAAUACCUAUUUUUCCACAGAAAUUUCAAGAUAUGAUAAUGUAUCCAUUAAACUUGUACAGGUGAGGUGAUGCAGAAAAUGUUAUUUGUGCUUUAAUAUCUAUGUGUUUUGUCUAAAGUAAAGAUAUGAGCGGAGCUGGUUAUGGGUUUUGAUACUAACCAAAUAAAGCAACCAUUUUCUGUUUUUCAC